AUGGAUUUAGAAGUUAAAGGAGUUGCUGCAUCCCCUCGAAGGCAGGCUCAGCUGUCAUCGAGGGGGAAGAAGUAUCAGCUAGCUCCUUGUGAGCAAGCUGACUGUCGGUAUUCUGGUGCUGGUUUACGGGUUGGCUGUGGAAUUUACCUUAUCACUCUCUACAACUACCUGAAGGGAGGGCGUAGUCAGGGCUGGAGACCAGAUACACGGGCUACUCGUGGUCCUCGGCCACCAGAGGUGCCAUGCCUAGAUCUAGGGAGGCUGGGAGAUUCUGAUCAAGAGGAGAAGACAAUACCAGAAAAUCUGCCAUCCCCAGCAGACAAAUACAAACUGAAGUAUCGUCAGUAUGAAGCGGAUAUGAAGGAAGAAUAUAAGCAGUAUUCUCAGAGAAUUGAAGGAAAGAAAAAAGACUACCUCAAACAUCCAGAAGCUUCCAUAAAGUCAGCUUCUAGUGUUCGGAUAAAACUCGGAGAACCUGUAAGUACCUAUAAGUAA